AUGAAUCUGCGCAUCAUCGAGGUGCAGGGACCCUCGGAGGUGCAGAUCUCCUGUGAGAAUUCGUUGAAGCCGCUGAACCUUCCUGAGGCCUCCUGCGCGGCGGAGGGUUUAGGCCAACUGCGCUUGGAGCUGGGGAGUUCCUUGCAGAGUGGCACCUAUGCCUUCAGCGUGCACGGGGAUUUGCCCACCGUGACUCCUCCGCAGAAUGACUUCUCCAUGAUCAUCCGGCAGGUGCCCACGGAGCAGGUGGCCGACGCGGCCUUUGGUGUGCCAGGAUGGCCUUUAGGGGAGUUGGAGACGUCUCAGCCACUCUUAGCCUGGAGCACUGCCGGGGUCGGAGAGGUGUCCAGCGUCACCAUCUCCUUCUUCAUGCGCAACGUUACGGGCGCCCUGAGGGCCUUGCUGAUCAACCUGCCGAGCGGCUUUCAGCACCGAGUCCGUGGCAGCAACGAGUUCAAGGUCUCCAACCCCAAGCUGCCGUUGCUCAAGGGCGCCAGUGACUGGCUGGAGGUGUCCCAGCUGGACCGGAUCGUGGUGAGGCUCGAGCCGGAGGAUCCUGUGGUCUCAGUGGGCAGCUACAUGUUCACGUUUCCGGUGGCCCUGCCGCGUGCCGAGCUGCUGCCCGCGGUGAAUUUCUGGCGGCUGAGCUUCUGUUCCUCACGCAGCUGCGUCCUUCCCACGGAUAAGGCGGUGCUGCUCUCCUUUCCAAUGGCUGGCUUCAUGCCUGGCGAGAUCUCGUUGCUGGAGCAGCACCGCCAGCAACUGGCGCGGACCGAGGUCACUGGCGCCCCCCGCGAGGCGGAUUCGGACUCACUGCAACUGGGCGCUCCUGCUGUUCCUGUGCGCUCCGCUCAGCACUUGACCAGAACGAUUCGCCUCCAAGAUCCCACCCCCAACCGCUGCCCUGCGGCCGCACCGCGCAGCGGCUUGACCGCGCAGCCGGCCGCCGCGCCGGCUAGCCGGCGGCCCGGCCCGCGGAAACACGGAGAAGACCGAGAUGGACCGAGCACGGAGCACAGAGCGAAGCUGGAUGAAGAGAAACUGCGGUUGAAUAUCGGUGGAAAGAAGGUCGAAGAAAGGAUCUCUUUGGCCUCGGGGUCAGCGGGUGACCGCAUCCCCGCGCUGCAUUUCCUCACCGACCUCCCACCAUCGGUUUGGCGGUUCCAGACCUCCCACCAUCGGACCGGGCGCGGGUUUCACGCGAGCGAAAAGGCAGACUCAGCCGUUGGAUUCGUUGGAACCGAACCUGGGCGUGUGGCUCCGUGCGGUCGGGGGAACGUGAUUGGAGAGACCCGUGUGGAGAGACGCAGUGGUGUCAUCACAGCAGAAGAGAAGGCUUGCCAAUGGACGCAAGCGAUUGGAACGUUGAUGUCCUUUGACCUUGGUCUGACCACCAUCUCUGUCAGUGGGGCGAUCUCGGCCUGCCGCCAGGCCUGGCGCCGAGCAAACCAGUUGAUGAGUCUCUUGCUACAGAGCCCGGUGCAGCCUGACGCGGUGGCCUGCAAUGCGUUGCUGACGGCCACUGCGGCUCUUGCCUGGGAGAAGGCAGAAGCGCUUUUGCCUCCUUUCCAAUGCUGGGGCGUCCGUUGCACACUGGUGACCCUCAAUGCUUGUGCUGAUGGCAGCGCCAAGGCUAAGCAGUGGAGAAGGCCGUUGAACUUGCUCCAGGAGGCGCGCGCCGCGCCGUUGGUGCCGGAUGUCGUCUCGCUCACCGCCAGCGUCACGGGGCUCAAGAAGUGCCGCGGUCCCUGGGGCCAUGCCAUCGCGUUGUUGGCCAACAUGGCCACACGGGAGGUGCGCGAGAACGUUUUGACUUGGAAUGCCUUGAUGAGUGCCUGCCGGCCGGGUGAAGAGGACGAGGUGGAGGAGGCGGUCCGAGCGGCCGAAUGGCACCAAGGACUUCAUUGCUUAGCCUUGAUGGGCCAACGGUCGCUACAGCUCAGUGACGCCAGCCGCAACGUCCCUUUGUGCUCACUGGAAGAGACCAGCUCGGAUCAGGCCAGGGAUGAGCUGAAGGAGAUGCGACCUAGGCCUUGGCGUCAGGUCCUGGCAUUGUUCCACACCUUCGAGGAGGAGACCUUCCAGCCGACCAGGCUGGCAUGGGGCGCGGUGCUGGGCGUGCUCGCACGCCAAGCCCUUUGGGCUGGGGCGCUUGGGGCCUUGAACACGCUGGUGCCGACCGUGGACGCGAGCCGACUGUGGACGGGAGUCGAUGCCAACGGCUUAAGGUGUCCGGCUUCCCGUCACCCAAGGCAGAUGAGGUGCACUAUGACUUGCUGGUGUCGGCCUGCGACGGCCAGGCCCCUGGCUCCACCACGCGGCGGCUUCUCUCAAACGUGCGCCAUGAGCUUCUCAUGCAGCACACGCCCGACCGGGUCACGUCCGUGACCCGUCCUACCACGGUCGGCACCGUUGAUUCGCUGCGUGGAAAAAGGGCGCCCGUGUUUCUUGAAGAUC